UUCGGAAAGGCCGGGGAGAGCGGACCGAGAGAGUCGGGAGACAGACCUGUUGUCGAGCACACUGCAGACGGACGGACGGACGGACGGACAUGGAGGGCUCCACGGAGGAAGAGUACAAGGAGAAAUUAUUAUGGAACGUCAAACGGGAGGUGAAGCAGAUUAUGGAAGAAGCAGUGACUAAGAAAUUUGUCCACGAGGACAGCAGCCACAUCAUUGCUCUGUGCACUGCCAUUGAAGCCUGCCUGGGUCACCUGUUGAAGAGACGGGCAGCCGGGUUUCUCCGCAGCGACAAGAUCGCAGCCCUGUUUACCAAAGUUGGUAAAGUCUACGACACCGCCGGCGAAGUUUGCCGUAAAGUACAAGAGCAGCUCCAGCAGCAGGCUGAUCUCACCAGGAGAACCCAGAGUGUGGGCCAUGAACCUCUGAGGAGACAGGGCUCCUCCACCACCAGCCGCCCCCCUCAGCCCCUCUCUGCCCAGGCCAUCAAACACAUCUGGGUCCGCACGGCCCUCUUUGAGAAAGUUCUGGAUAAGAUAGUUCAGUACAUCGUGGACAACUCCAGUAAAUACUAUGAGAGGGAAGCUCUGAUGCAUGACUCAGUCUUUGGGCCCAUCUUGGCAGCCCUGCUAGUGGGGCCCUGUGCUCUGGAGUACACCAAGCUGAAGACGUCAGAUCAUUUCUGGACAGACCCUUCAGCCAACGAGCUGGUUCAGCGCCACCGUAUCCACGGGGCCCACCGGGGCCAGGAUGUUUCCGCCGGCCGCCGGCCCGCUCUGGGGAUCCGCAAGAGGCAGUCCAGUGGCAGCAUGUCAGAGGACAGGUUUGCUGCAUCAGCGAGGGAAUAUGUGGAGUCUCUUCAUCAAAACUCCAGAACACACCUUCUCUACGGCAAAAACAACGUCCUUGUGCAACCGAAGAAGGACAUGGAGGUGUUGCGGGGUUACUUGUCGCUUCAUCAGGCGGGCGAUAACCUCACUCUGAAGUGGACACCCAAUCAACUCAUCAAUGGCACACUGGGAGACUGUGACCUGGAGAAGAGUAUCUAUUGGGACUAUGCACUGACUGUUCCUCUGCGCCAGAUAGUCUGCAUCCACUGUCACCAACGCCCUGACUGUGGGGGGACGCUGGUUCUGGUCAGUCAGGAUGGGAUCCAGCGGCCGCCCCUGCACUUCCCUCCUGGUGGUCACCUCCUAGCCUUCCUCUCCUGUCUGGAAACAGGCCUGCUACCGCGGGGUCAACUGGAACCCCCCCUCUGGUCCCAGAAAGGCAAGGGAAAAGUGUUCCCUAAGCUGAGGAAGAGGAGCAGUGCAGCCAGGCUUAUUGACCAGGACAGGAGCGAUGAGGAGCAAACGGCUGCUGACUACGUGUUUCGCAUCGUCUACCCCGGAUACCGAUACGAUGCCAUCACUAUAAACUACCACCACACCACGGGCAGCCGCGCUCCAUCGCUGGACGAUGACGAGGAAGAGGAAGAUAGGCUCCAUGCUAUGAUCUCAAUGAUCUGCUCGCGGAACCUCACAGACCCUAAUGUCAUGAAAGACCAUGGGGAGAUGAUGGAGAUGCAGGGUUUCGGAGGCAGCCCGUCGUCGUGGCAACAGGCCGAAGUAACCACUCACGAGUCUCUGUGCCAGUCCUGCUCCACGGCCGGUAGCAACGUGUCAUUCGACUACCCAGCCAGAUGUACCUGCAUACACGACCGUGUUCCUCUUAAGAUGCUCUGCCAGAACAUGAAGAGGCAGAUAGUCUCCAGAGCCUUCUAUGGAUGGCUGGCCUACUGUCGACACCUGUCCACAGUGCGGACUCACCUGUCGGCUCUGGUCAACCACAACAUCGUCCCCCCAGACAGACCCUGUGAGGCGUCCGGAGGGCUCAGCAAAGAGGUGUGGAGCAAGUACCAGAAAGACUGCAAGAACUAUAAGGAGCUGGAGCUUCUCCGGUUGGUCUAUUAUGGUGGAGUGCAGCAUGAAAUCAGGAAAGAGGUGUGGCCUUUCCUGCUGGGACACUACAAGUUCGGCAUGGGCAAAAAGGACAUGAGCCAGAUUGAUGCAAAGAUCAGUGAGCGCUACCAGCAGGUGAUGCGGGAGUGGAAGGCCUGCGAGGUGAUCGUUAAGCAGAGAGAGAAGGAGAUGCAGUCGGCCAUCUUUGCCAAGCUCUCCUCUGGCAGCAGCAUCGACAGCCACGUCCUGCGACUCGUGCACAGAGACUCCACACUCAGCAAUGAGGUGUUCAUGUCCGUGGAUGAGCCAGACGCAAGCAGCCAGGAGACCCCCAGCGGAGAGGACAGCACCCCCACCAUGACCACCGUGGUCCCCCCCGCUGCCCUCCCCCCAGAGGAGCGUCCUCUGGUGGAGUUUGACUCCCCUGACUCGGGUCUCCCCUCCUCCCGAAACUACUCUGUGACCUCUGCUCACUCCCAGAUCCUGUCCAGCAUAGACGACGGUCAGAGCACAGAGGAGGAGGGCGGGGGCACGGAGGAGGGCAGGACUCCGGGGAUGUUGGAGGGACGUCAGGACUCUCUGACUGAGGACAGGCUGUGCAGUCAGCUGGACAAACUGGUGACCAAUGGAGCAGCUGCUGAGGGCAUGUCACCUUCUCUCUCCUCUUACACGAUCGAGCUGUUGGACACGGUCGCCCUCAACCUCCACAGAAUAGACAAAGACGUGCAGCGCUGCGACCGCAACUAUUACUACUUCACUACGGGCAACCUGGAGAAACUACGCAACAUCAUGUGCAGCUAUGUGUGGGAGCAUUUAGAGAUGGGCUACGUUCAGGGCAUGUGUGACCUGCUUGCUCCGCUCAUGGUCAUUCUGGAUGAUGAGUGCCUGGCGUACAGCUGUUUCACUCAGCUAAUGAAGAGGAUGAGUCAGAACUUCCCUAACGGCGGAGCCAUGGACACACACUUUGCCAACAUGAGGUCACUAAUCCAGAUUCUGGACUCGGAGCUGUUUGAGCUGAUGCAGCAGAAUGGAGAUUACACUCACUUCUACUUCUGUUAUCGCUGGUUCCUGCUGGACUUCAAGAGAGAGCUCCUGUACGAGGAUGUGUUCGCGGUGUGGGAGGUGAUCUGGGUGGCUCCCAGGAUUUCCUCGCAGCACUUUGUCCUUUUCCUGGCCUUGGCGCUGGUCACAGUUUACCGUGAGAUCAUCAUGGACAACAACAUGGACUUCACCGACAUUAUUAAGUUCUUUAAUGAGAUGGCUGAGCGUCACGAUGUCCAGCACAUCUUGAAGAUAGCGCGUGAGCUGGUGCACAAAGUCCAGUCUCUGAUGGACAACAAGUGACUGUAGAGGAAGAAGGAGAGGAAGAGGAAUGAGAGGAUGCAAAGGGAGAAAGUGUCCGACCCCGCUGGCAACUCCUCUCCUCCUCUCAUCCCUCAGAGACAGAGAGUUGGCCGACCUCCACCUACCCAGAGAGGGGGUCCAGGUCUCCUCCUCCCCAGACGAAGGCCCUGGGCAGCAGCACGGCUGAGGCGGCCGGCUCUGGAGCUCCGCCCAGAUCUGUUUACAUUCACCUUUACGUGGAAUGCCCAUGGUGUCUGUUCAGACAUGUGGAUUUGUCUGCAUGCUUGUGAGUUUGAUCACACUGUGAACGCAUUCUUGAGUCUCCCUAGUCCUACAGAGUUUGUGUGCGUGCAUGAAAACACACAUACGUACACUCCAUUUUGGCUCUAUCAAUACUCCAGUUUUCUAGAGUCGCACUCUUUUCCUUGACUCUGAAACAGAACUAGAUGCCUGUCAGGAAAGCUGAAGUGGUCUCAGUGGUUGGCAGAUGUUUUCCUCGGUGCAGUGCCAUCAGAGGCCACUAGAGUGCAGGAUUUACACACAACAGAGGAGCAGAAGACUUAGCCACGAAGAAGUUUUCAUUAGUGACCAAAUGGACUGUGCCAACUACAUUUUCAUGAGUGUUUUCUACAACAAGCAUGUGUGUUUUUACCCCCCUGUCCUUUUUUCUUUUUUUUUUCUAGAAAUUCAUUAUAACACAAAUGUUGCCUUUACCAGUAACGGCCCAAGGUACUUAGUUGCACUUUUUGUGAGAGUUCCCGUCAUGGUGCCUGUGAAGGCCGUCCCACAGUCGCUGACGGCCGGAGGCAUCACACGAGGCCAAACUAUUGAGAAACUCAGGAUGAAUUGCAACCAGCUUUUCUGAACACGUCAGCCAGCGUUGAAAGCGUGUUUAACCUCAAUCCAAAGCAGCAGACGAGAAGAGCAGCAGAGCACAACAGUAAAGGCAAAAGCACACAGGCCUAAACAAAACCAUGUCCGAGUGCCAUGAUUGUCAGGGCUGCAGCUCCCGUCAUCGCUAAAAUGUCUGAGAUCUGGAGAUGAGAACGAGGAGUUUAGAUGCUGUAAUUACAUGCAUAUUACACAUGUCCGGAAUUUAAGUCUUGUUGGUAGUUUUUAGAAAAAAUAUAAUAAAAAUGUGACCAUUUUCAGCCAAAAAGGAGUUCAAAUCAUUUGAGUAGUCACUACUACAGUUAUUUAGUGUAUGCAGCAGCAUGACAAACGCUUUACAACAGCAUUCACACCAUAACGUAGCUACAACACAUUUACAAAAAAUAGAGUUUUUAAGUAAAUUUUCUUACUCAGAGUAACUUUUUAAUUGUCUGAGUUGUUUUUAUAUUGAGUCAAUAAUGCACUCAUGAUCUCAGUGUUUCGAUCCACAGCUAGGACCGUGUUUCACCAGGCUCUGAAACAGAAUGACUGCAGGACGCAUUGAAAAUAUAUGUGUCCUGUUAAUCAAGUAUUAUAUGUUUGGACUGAUAGAAAGAAGUAGACAUGAAAGGAUGAAAAGGUGUAAGAAAAUGUAACACCUAGUUAGGAAAAGCCUUGAAGUAUGAAAGGUAAGUAACUGAUUAUUUAUUCAUGUCUAAAGGUGGAUGUUCCUUUAAGAAUAAGGCUGGCCAUAUUUCUGGAUUUUCUACUGUCAAAAAAUAUUAUGAAAAGACUGAAACCGACUUUCCCGCUGAAAUCAGAAAACUUUUAAACCAAGUCUCAUAAAUGUUGGAAUUUUCUAAAACAUUCGGGCAUUAUAGUUUUAGGCAAACUCAUAAACAAUGGUCAAUUGGAUUUUUUGGGGGGGGACUAUUUCCAGUGGCGGAUGAACACUCAAUAGUUCUUGCGGUUCAGUUUGAGAUUUUCUGACUUUUGUACCCUGCAGCUGUUUUACAUGAACCCAAGCUGAUGUUAAUCAAUAGUAUUGGUCAUGUAAAAUCAGUAAUUAUUGUUAAAAUGUUUACUCAUGCAGUCAUAUUUAGCUCUUUAGCUGUUUGGCUCAGUUUGCAUUUCACUGUUACUCUCUUGGGGGUCAGAAGCUUCAACUAUUUGUUCAUUAGAUUUCAAUAAAGGUUAAGAUUUCCUCCAUUAAUUCAUACUUUUAGAUGUCAAUUUAAACUUUUACUUGUUCAUUUUGACAGUUCAUCCAUCAUUUUUACAUACUUCAACCAGCAUCAGUUGUAACUCUAAACAGUUUCAUACUUAUCCAACCAUUUUGACCAUUUAACACCACUUUUCCCAAAACAGUUUCAACGAGUGUAAUUUUCACAAACCAUUUCGACAAGUUUUGGUGUCAACUAUUUGCCCAAUACUUGUCAAUAAACCA